CGGCCACGUUUCCCAUCAUUCACAUUUCCUUUCUCUUUGCACAAACAUGGAUGCUGAAGAGGGAAGAGAGAAUGAAAGAGUCAACCUUGCAGAUGAUCCUUCCAGCAGAGCGAUGGUCCAGAUGGAUCUUCAUCUUCUCCCAACGGAGAUUCGGCUCGAAAUCCUAUCAAUCUGAUCCACUUCAAGACCACUUCCCAUGCCGGCUAUGAGUUAAUUGCCGAUCCAAGACUCCCUCUGAUGUUCCGCAACCGGGUAAGCGACUCAAACCCAUGUCUGAUUCUGUUCGACUACAAUUUCCAUGUCCCCCGGCGAGUCUGUUUUGUGGAUAGUGAGGGUUGUAGUAGAAGGGUUAGGAAAAUCGACCCACCACAACAUUCCAAAGUUAAUAAACUGGUGGGUUCUUGUAACGGGCUGUUAUGCUUAUCCUCAAUCGGUAGUUCAUUGGUGUCUCACAGUCUGCUAAUUUACAAUCCUUUUGUUGGAGACGCUGUGAGAGUCCCGCUAGCGGACAAAUAUUUUGGUCAAUAUGAAGUCUUUGGAUUUGGGUUUCAUCCGAGAACAGGAGAAUUCAAAGUGGUCAGGAUUAUCUGCUCUGAGAAGCUCUUUACUUUAAUAGUGGCGCUAGAUGUGGAAGAGGUGGAUGAAGGAUUCGACACUGAUGAACUAAUGGUUCAGGUGUUUACCGUAGUAACAACAGAGUGGAGAAACAAAGGAGCUCCGCCUCCACAAUUGAAGUAUGUAAUCAGACCACCUGUGGCUCUGGUUGAAGGAUCUCUCCAUUGGGUGGCUGUUGUUGGGAUGGGAGGAGUCGGUCCUGUCUUCGGUAUUAUCUCCUUCGACCUUGCAGAUGAGUUGUUUGAAGAAAUUCCGCACCCACCUUCUCAACAACUUGUGUCAGAUCUCUACAGUCUUUUGGUACUCAAUGGGUGUCUAUCGGCUGUUGGGUCAGAUGAAACUGGGCAUUUUGAUAUCUGGGUGAUGAAGCAAUACCAUGUUAAGGAAUCUUGGGUAGAACAAUUCUCCUUUGAUCCCUAUUUACCUCGUGGAUGGCCAGUUAAUACUUCAAGCUCAGUUCGCAUACUUCUGAAAAUUAUAUGUGCAUUGAAGAAUGGGGAGAUUCUGUUGCAGUAUAAUAACAGUUCUCUGGUUUCUUAUGAUCCUGUAGAAAACAGAUUCAAGACUGUUCAAAUAAGUGGGUUACCCAGUCAUUUCAAGGCACUUCCUUUUCUACCUUCUCUUUUCUCAGCGAAAUCAACCAUGAAUUUCCAAUUUUAACUUCCCUUUUUAUGUCAGACUAUACUACUAGUUGUUUUAGUUUCUGUUGAAUCUUUGAUCAUCAAUCAAUCAUAUGAUAAUGU